CACACUUUCUAUAUUGCAAAACAUCUCUUCUUAAUUCUCUAUUUCUUUUUCAUUUCAUUCCAUUUCUUUUUCUCAUUCAAUAUAGCAUCAUAAUGGCGCCAGAGAAGGUUGUAAGAUUGGGUUCUUGGUCAGCAUUCUGGGGUGACUCGGUUAGCAGUGCCGCUCAGUUGGUUGAACUGGAGGGCAAAAAUCUUGAUUAUCUCGUUGCAGAUUAUUUGGCUGAGGUAACUAUGGGCUUGCUCGCGCGCCACCGCAGCUCGGGUGGCAAGUCCAAGAAGGAGAGCCGUGCUGGCCCAGGAGGAUAUGUUGGAGAUUUUAUCACGUUUGUUUGGAAGAGAUUAGUUGAAGACAUCGUCGCGAAUGGUACUAAGGUCAUCACCAAUGCUGGUGGACUUGCCCCACUAGCACUCAAGGAAGCGAUUGAGACUAUUGCCAAGGAAAACGGUAUUGAGGGCCUGGUUGUUGCAGCUGUCACUGGAGAUGAUCUUCACGAGCGAUCCGAAGAAAUGAGCGCAAAGGGAGAGCUUUUACCAUUCAACUAUAUCACUGGUAAUAAGGAUGAAGUGGAUCGAUAUCCAGGAUCCGACAAGAAGAAAUUGUCGUUGAAUGCUUAUUUGGGCGCUAUACCUAUUGCGGAGGCGCUCGACGCUGGUGCAUCGAUCGUGGUCACGGGACGCGUUGUCGACAGUGCACUGGUACUGGGGCCCUUACUUCACGAGUUCAAAUGGGAUCCGCUCAAGGACUGGGACCAAAUGGCGGCUGCCUCUUUGGCUGGACAUAUCAUCGAGUGCGGAUGCCAUACCACUGGUGGUAACUUUACGGACUGGGAGCUCAGCGCCAAUUCUCCUCAUGGAGGAUGGGCUAACAUGGGAUUCCCUAUCGCUGAGUGUCAUGCUAAUGGCGACUUUGUGAUCACGAAGCCAGCUGAGACAGGAGGACUGGUAACCGUGGCCACAGUGGCGGAGCAAUUGGUCUAUGAGGUUUUGGAUCCUGGAUCAUACAUCCUUCCCGACGUCAUUCUCGACCUCCGGGACGUCAAGCUCAGCCAAGUCGGUAAGGACCGUGUCUUGGUCACUGGAGCUAAGGGUAGGCCCCCGACUCCCUAUCUUAAGUGCUCUGGAGUCUAUGUUGAUGGCUACAAGAUCACAGCAGAUCUUUGGAUUGGUGGUAUUGAUGCAAGACGCAAGGCGCUCGCUGUAGGAGAUGCUGUCGUGAAGCGUGGCAAAAAGAAUCUUGAGCGAUUUGGUAUUGAGGACUUUACUGCGGUACGCGUUGAGGCUCUUGGUGCAGAGUCAACUUAUGGACCCCACUCGACUGCACAAGAUGCUCGCGAGGUAUGCUGCAGAAUCACAGCCGUCCACCCUGAAAAGCACGGAUUACUCCUCCUUGCAGUUGAACUCGCACCAAGCGCAACUGGUAAUGCUCCUGGUAUAACAGGUGGUGGAGCCGGUCGUCCUCAUCCAAGCCCCAACAUGACCCACUAUUCGGUCUUGGCUCCCAAAGAAGCUGUUCCAGCACUGUUGACUAUCGGCAGCGGUGACAAGCAGAUCACAAAGACAGUCAAAUUUACUGCGCCUACGAAUGCCAAGAACGAGUACCCUCCCGCUCUCCCUGUUGCGCCUUUGCCACCAACGAAUUCAAGCGAGGAAACCGUAAUUGUCCCGCUUAUCCGUAUUGCUUAUGCACGAAGUGGUGAUAAGGGUGAUACUGCCAAUAUUGGUGUCAUUGCUCGUGACCCCAAGUUCUUCCCAUAUAUCAAUCAACAAUUGACAGCCGAGUCUGUCAAGGAGUACAUGGCACACCUUGCACAAGGCAAAGUAGCACGUUAUGAGCUCCCGGGUAUCCAUGCUUUGAAUUUUGUCUUGACGCGUAGCUUGGGAGGAGGAGGCUUGAGUUCACUGAACUUGGAUCGUCAAGGCAAGUCAUAUGGUCAGAUGCUUCUUAGUUACAAGGUCAAGGUUCCUAAAGGUCUUUUAUCAAGCUUGUAAGAAAGGAAAAACUCAGAUGUAUUCAAGUACUGUGAAGCGUUGUAAUAAAUGUACCAUGA